AAACAAGCAAUGAUGGCGAAUCCACACUUCCACUUUCUCGCAGACAUCUUCAAAGAAGUUGCGGUCCCCGGUCGUAUGGGUACGGAAUUUGAUCCCUCGCUUGCCCGACAACAAAUGCAGUUGCUACAGUUGUAUAAAGAUCAUAUGCGUAAGCUAUUUUUUGUUUGCUCAGAGAAAGUGGGAACAGCAAAACUGUCUUCUUACCAGAUCACACCGUACUCUGCUUAUUUAUAUUCAUAA